GCCGCGGGUGGCGGCAGUUUUCUGGUUGUGUCCGAGCUGUUGCCACCAUGUCCCUAGCGGCCUCGGCUGGCAGGGGUUCGGGGGCCGUGUGGUCCCCAACCCAUGUGCAGGUGACGGUGAUGCAAGCACGGGGCCUCCGGAGUAAGGGCCCCGCGGGCACGAGCGACGCGUACGCGGUGAUCCAGGUGGGCAAGGAGAAGUACGCCACCUCGGUGUCGGAGCGCAGCCUGGGCGCGCCCGUGUGGCGGGAGGAGGCCACCUUCGAGCUGCCGCCGCUGCUGUCCUCCGGGGCCGUACCGGCUGACGCCGCAACCCUGCAGCUCACUGUGCUGCACCGCGCGCUGCUCGGCCUGGACAAGUUCCUGGGCCGCGCUGAGGUGGACCUGCGAGAGCUGCACCGGGACCAGGGCCGCAGGAAGACGCAGUGGUACACUCUGAAAUCCAAGCCAGGGAAGAAGGACAAAGAGCGAGGAGAGAUUGAGGUUGACAUCCAGUUUAUGAGACACAACAUGACAGCCAGCAUGUUCGACCUCUCCAUGAAGGACAAGUCUCGGAAUCCGUUUGGGAAACUGAAGGAUAAGAUCAAGGGGCGGCAUAAGGACAGCCCGUCAGAUACUGUCUCAGCCAUCGUGUCUGCCACAGCGCCCUCCGGUGACAGUGACGAUGAGUCUUCAUCCAAAGAUAAGAAGAAGAAAUCGAAGAUCAAGGGCUUGUUCUCCAAGUCUAAUUUGCAGAAGACGCCACUCUCCCAGUCCAUGUCUGUCCUGCCGACUUCCAAGUCGGACAAAGUGCUGCUGCGUCCUGGGGACUUUCAGUCCCGGUGGGAUGAUGAUGACAAGGAUGAAUCCUCCUCCACCUUGGACGUCAUGUCUCACAAGAGAACAGCAAGUACAGAUCUUAAGCAGCUGAACCAGAUCAACUUCACCCUCCCCAAGAAGGAAGGACUGUCCUUCCUCGGUGGCCUUCGGUCUAAGAAUGACGUCCUUUCCCGCUCUAACAUCUGUAUCAACGGGAACCACGUAUACCUGGAGCAGCUGGAAGCCAAGAGCGAGACCAAGGACAGCAGCCCCUCUUCCUCCCCAUCCCCUCAGGGCUUCAGAAAGAAGAAUUUAUUUUCAUCUACGGAAAACCUGGCUGUUCGGUCUUGGAAGGAGUCUGGGGACGGCGGUGAGACGUCAUCUGACAGGCAGCUCUCCAGCUCUUCCACCCAUGACUCUGUGAAGUCCAUGUCUCUGCCAUCCUACCGGCCACUGGUCAGUGGGGAUAUUAAGGAAAACACAGCCCCAGUGAAUGCAGAGGCUGCGAAAGAAGCCAAAGAGAGCAAGAAACAGGAGAACAAAAAGACCUCUUUGCUUUCCCUGGUGACAGGGAAGAAGGAUGGGGCUAAGGGCAGGGAGGGCGAAAAGCCCUCUGCCAACCUGGGGCAGGAGAAGGAGGGCACGCUUGCUGAUGUCAGCCCGAGGGACGGUGGGCCGGGGCCCGUCGAGGACUGCGUGAGGGGGUCUGAGAAAGAUACCACGGCUGUCGUCCCUGGACGGGGCAACUCCCUGAAUCCUUUCGAAGAUGUGCAGAUCACAGAACCAGAAGCUGACCCAGAGUCCAAGUUUGAACCAAAACCACCAGUCCCCUCUAGCAGGGCUCCCCAGACGCGAGCUGUGAAGCCCCGAGUGGACGUGUCUCCAGAGGCUCAGCCCACAGCCAGGCCCCUGCCUCACUCUGACUCUCCUUCUCCUCCUUUGUCCCCUUCCGGUUCUGGUCAGGCACCUAUCCCCUCUGACUCGGGGCAGGGUUCAGAGACACAGUCCUCUGAGAGUCCUUCUGUCUCCUCCUCUUUCUCCUCUCCCAUAGCAGCUCCCAUUUCCACGUCCACUCCGAUCCAAGGAUGGCCUUCCACAGACAAGGGCCAGGCUGGGUCUGAAGAACCAUCCCUGCUCCUUAAAGCAGAGUUGCAAAAGGAGAGUUUAACAUCAGCUCCAAAUGCUGUUUCUUCUGCCUUGGGGUCACUUUUCGUACAGCCACACCUUCCAGGCUUUAUGGGGAUGGAGGAUUCCUCAACCGGGAGGACUUGUGAGACAGGAACAGAAAGCAGGAGCAGUGACAGGUCAGAAGGGUUCCUUCCAGAGCAACCUAAAGUGGGGCGACAAGAAGAGCUUCUAAGGUCCCCCGCUGCCGAGCAGGACGACACCUCUGGAGAGGCCCAGGGAGCAGCGCCUGCCCUCUCUCUCCACGGCGGCCGCCUCGCAGGCUCAGGCGUGAAGCCUCGGUCUCAGGCUUCUGCAGAGAACAUGGCUGGGGACGAUGGGGUGACAUCUUCAGUCACAGCGACAGCAACCCCUCUUCACAUGGGAGAAUUGGUCCCCUCAGUUGACUCUGUGGUGCAGAAACCUGAGGAGAUGGGUCUGAACAUAAGGGAGGGCCCAAAGAAAGUUAAGAAGCGUGUCUCAUUUUCCGAGCAGCUUGUCAUGGAAGAAGAGGUGGCCAGGUCUGCUGGGUGUGUAGAAGAGGGCGAAGGUCGUCUAAGGGAGCUGAUUCCUGUGGGGACUGCCACUGGAGACAUGUCUGAAGCAGAGCCUACUGUGGCUUCCCACACAGAAGAUGCCGAGAGGGAGCUGGCAGCCGCACCUGGGCCGGUGACACAAGGUGCCCCAGCUCCCACCGAGGGUCAGCCCCUCCGCUCAUCCGGAGGGGAGAGUUUCUCCAAAGGCCCCACAAGGGAAGCAAGCUCAGCAGGGAUCACUCCAUUCCUCAGGGUUCAGGGAGACGAUGCCUUUCUGGCCCAGUGUCAGAGCAAAGCCAGUGACCAUGAAGGUCUGCUAUCUGACCCCCUGAGCGACCUUCAGUCGGCCUCCGACGUUAGAUCCCCCAUCAUGGCUGAUCUGAACUUAAGCCUUCCUUCCAUCCCUGAAGUUGCAUCGGAUGACGAAAGAGUAGAUCAGGCAGAUGAUGACAGAAGGACAGCGCAGCCGGCGACCCUGGACGCUGGAGCUUCGUCCUCGAGCAUGAGUGGCAGGCCAGAGGGGUCAGCGCCCGCAGAGAGGCUGGGCGACUUCAGGUUGGAAGCACCCAGAGUGUCUGUGACAGCUCCUUCCCAGCAGACUGCAGCUUUAGGAGUUCAUAAACCACACCCUGACAAGAUCCCAAGUCUGGAGAAGCAGCUGCUGGGACCUGGCAGUGGUGAGGAAGAAAAACCAAAGGGAAAUGGGAGUGUUAGUCAGCCUCCGGGCAUGUGCCUGGACCCUCCUCUACCUAGCCCCUCCCUUUCUGAGACCUCUUCUGCCACACACUCUUUUCCCAGCUCUCCACAUUCUGACACUCAUCACACCAAUACAGCAGAAUCUCCAAAAAAAGCAACAGCAGAGGGCUCGGCGGGGAAAGUUGAAAAUUUUGGCAAGAGGAAGCCGCUCCUUCAGGCCUGGGUCUCACCCUCAGAGACACAUCCAGUCUCAGCUCAGCCAGGCGCUGGCCUUGGGUCAGCCAAGCACAGACUUCAUCCUGUGAAGCCGAUGAACACAACAGCCACCAAGAUUGGUAACUCCAGCUUCGGAACUGCCACCAUCAUCAGUGAAAACAUGAUCAACGAAGCCAUAAUGAAGAAAUACAACCCCUCGGACCCUGCCUUUGCUUACGCACAGCUGACUCACGAUGAGCUGAUCCAGUUGGUCCUCAAACAGAAGGAAACAAUAAGUAAGAAGGAAUUUCAGGUCCGUGAGCUGGAAGACUACAUUGACAACCUGCUGGUCAGAGUCAUGGAGGAAACCCCCAACAUCCUCCGCAUUCCGGCUCAGGUCGGCAAGAAGGCAGGAAAGAUAUAAAUUGCUAGAAUAAAACAGAGACAUUUUUGUGAGUUUGUUUCCACCUGCCUUUGAGAUCAAGAAUGGUUUGCUCGACAGCAGCCAACAGACUCCAAGUCACCAUCUCCGUUGCUUGUUAUCUGGCCAGAGUCAAUUCCACCAAUUGAAGUUAGGUUAAUUAUUGCAAUAUAUCUUUUACUGUAUGUUCCCAGGGCUUUAUGUAUAAAUGCCACUGUGCCUUUUACUGGGUGGUAAAUAUUUUAUGCCUACCAAAGAUGUGGCCUUCAGAGCUGCUCCUGAGCUGGAGAUUCAGACAGCAUAGGAGCUAUUAACAUAUUUGAACACAGGGUUUUUUUCUUUCUUAUUGAGAUUUUUUUCCAGUAUGUACCCUAUAGUUGUUAAAGCUUAGGGUAAAAUGAGAAAAGGGCCAUGCAGGUGGUGCUGUGUUACACAUAUUUUCUUGGCUUUUGAGUAGCUCAGGUAUAGCUUUUGGCUACAGCUGCUAAAUUUCGAUACCGUGUAAACCUACCCAGCUUCUCAAAUUUGGGUCUUGUUUUUUUUUUUUUGUAGAGACAGAGUCUCACUGUACCGCCCUCGGGUAGAGUGCUGUGACUUCACACGGCUCACAGCAACCUCUAACUCUUGGGCUUACGCGAUUCUCUUGCCUCAGCCUCCCAAGCAGCCGGGACUACAGGCGCCCGCCACAACACCCGGCUAUUUUUUGUUGCAGUUUGGCCGGGGCUGGGUUUGAACCCGCCACCCUUGGCAUAUGGGGCCGGUGCCCUACUCACUGAGCCACAGGCACCGCCCUGGGUCUUGUUUUUUGACAGGAACAGAGGCAUUUAGCCUCUCUGUUGUGCCUUUCAGAUUUUGAACAAGCCAUCUUUCUAAACAUGAGUUUCUACUUUGCAGCUUUAAAUGUGCUCUUUAGAUCCAUAAGGCCAUUCUGCAGGAGAGAUGGAAAGUAGAGUACAGGGAUUAAGAAAUGGCCUUGACGGUGACUGGCUGAUCCCAGCACUCGCUCUCCUCAGGUAUGGAAUGAUAUCAGUAGAAUUCCCUUGGCCAUUUUCCCCUGUGCCUUCUCUUGGCUCCCUGGAUUCCUUGGCAGCGCUUGUUGGGGAGAGACAGAUCACCAACUCCUCAAGAUGAAGAAGCCCCUUCAUUGUGAAGGGCACAGGGAGCCAGUCUUGGACCACGAAGGGCGUGAACUGUGUUCAUAUGUCUAUCCUUUGAAUACUUCCUGGCCCUGCCCAAAAGGACACUCAAGUUACUUCUGGGGUGCUGGGGAUACUGGGGAAGCUGUAGUGAGGGACUUAAUAUAGUUAAUAAAAUUUAAAAGCUGGUAGAUAACAGAAGUAGAAGCAGCAUUCCCUUCAUGAACACAGUCACAGACAUUUUACCUCCUUGUUACAAAAUCGUGAAGAGCAACAAGAUGAUACUUAUUUUUUGCAUUAUUGUAUUUUUAAAACCAGAGUAAUAGACACAAACUUUUUAAACUAGGAUACUUGACCCUUUCUUAACUAAAAGGAUCAGUUCAGAUUCUUCGGGUAAAUUCAUUAUUAGUCACCUAAUGUUGGAAUUAGGAUAUUUCUGAAUUGCUUAUUUUUUCUCCUGGUUGUGAUAGUAUCUUAUCAAAUCUUGUUAUCUCUCCUAAGGAAGAAAAUCACAGGCCCGUGGGGGCAGGGAGUGAGGAGAGAGUGGUUAUUAAAUUGGGACUUUCUUCUCUGUAUGUUUUUGUUAGGUUAAGAAGCAAGAUUAUUUGGCAGCAGAAUCCCUUUCCAGGAUUUUGUUUGCUGCAGCAUUGGUUAUGUUGGAGCACUUUAAUCUGAAGGAUGAAAACGUAACUUGAUUUAUCUAAUUAGCUUUUAAUUAACUACAAUUAUUUUAUUUUAUUUAAUUCUCUCUUACAAUAUUGGGGACCACUGUAAGCUUCUCAGAUGACUUGUAUUUUUGUAGGGCUAUGAAAUUUAUUUACAGACUUAUAAAGAAAACUGUAUAUUCACUUGA